AUGUCCCAAACAAAAUAUUCGACAUCUCGAAUUGGAAUUUAUAUUCGAAAUUCAUUUAGCGUACUAAGGCGUGGACAAACACCAUCAUUAACCCUUCAACAGACCGAAGAGCGAAUAAUAGUCGAAGACAAUGGCAAUAAUGCCGAGAGUAUAUCGACAAAUACAACGAAUGCAUCCUAUAACCCUUCUCGUAUACAACGAUCUCUUAUACCAAAUUCUUCCCUUCGUCACGAAUACGAAGAUUCACCCAACCUCUCUCCUUCCACAAACGGUAAACCGUAUAAUGCAUCAAAUUCGCCUUUAGCACAAACAGUUCACAAAACACGCUCUCAUUUGGUUGAGAUAAAUGAAGACGACGAGACUUCCGUAUCAUCAUUCAACUCGUAUACUCCGCCCACAUCUAUUUCAUCUUCUAAUGGAAGCAACAACGAUUUAACCCACGCCAAAUGGUAUUAUGGGAAUACCAAUACCGUGGGAAAGUCGCAUUCGAGGGUUGUAAGCGAAGCUAGUCACCGUAGUGGAUCUUCGGGAACUAGUGUGGUCGGCGCUGUUAGUUCUAUAGAUAAUAUUAUGGAAAAUAUAACCGAGGGCGAAGGCGAGGACGAAAUAGAGAUAGAGAUAAAAAAUACAAACAUGAAUGAUCUGCCAAAGCAAGAAAAACGAGAGCAGCAAAUAGAACAAGGACAAUCAAAUUUGCCAAAUACUGAACAAAUUUCUGGAAAAGCAGCAAGCGAGGGUAAUGAUUUCUCAAAUGGUCGUAAUUACGACGCCGAUGAUAAUUCUCCAUUGGAUCCGAUACGACCUGUCCACGGGAUAGGUGGUCCUCAUUUAAUAAACGACAACAACUACGUAAUCGACGACGAUAAUUUUGGCCAUCCGGUUCCUGACCCGUAUGCUGAUCAAUUGGAAGAGCAAAAUAUCGCAUAUGGUGAAGCUUAUUCGGAUCCGUAUCAGGCUUCAUAUGUCAACCAACAAGGAUAUUCAGAUCAAUAUGUAGCAUAUCCAGAGCAAUACGCAUAUCCUGGUCUUCCUUUUGGUCGCUCCGCUCCCCUACCAGAAGACCAGUUUUAUGCAAAUACAUCUGCUAACUAUGGAAACGAUCAUAUGCACACAGUACCACAUGAUUCAGACUUUCCAAUGGCAAUACCUUCAAAUUGGUAUAGUAAUGAACCCCGACCACAACAUUCAGUUCUAAUCGCGUACUCACCGAGCGAGCAGUCGUAUGACGCAUCUUCAUAUUUUCCCGACUAUUCUGCGCAAAUGUCACCCCCGUUGUCAUCACCAUCACCAUCGCCAAUGUUGUCACCAGAAAUGUCAAUAAGGGCAUUAUCAAGGUCGCACUCUACUGAACGGUUUGCAGCUCCAACAAAGGCUUCCUUGGAUCAGAAAUUAUACACAGACAUUGAAAAUACACAAAAUGCCAUUCCUCAAACAUCGCCAACUCUUCCAGGAUUUGUUCAUGCUACAUUAGCCAAACGUUCCUACAAUAUUUACACUCCCCCUCAAACGAAAGACAAACCUCUCCAGGCAAAUGCGGGCAUAAUAUCCUUGUCUUCAUCAAAGUCUCCGCUAGAGAAACUCUCUCAGACAAUGAGAUCGUUAUCGCUUCAAUCAACGCGUAUAGAGUCUGGCCAGGCAGGACACGAGAAGAAAGAGGAAAACGGAGCAAUGGUGGAUGUGGAUGGUGGGGUUGUUGCAGAAAAUGAUCAGAGUAUACAGAGGCGGAAAGAAGACAAUUUAACUAACGAUGGAAAGGUCGAGGAAUAUACAAGUGGUAAAGGAAUGCAUCUUGAUAGAGAUACAGUUGAGGAUAAUGAAAAGGAACAAAAUGGUACCAUAUCAACACAGCCAGGUGAUAGGUCAUCAGCGGGAUCAACAAUAGCAAAUUCGCUACAGAGACUGCAAACUGCCAAACCUUUGCGAAAGCAAGUACUUGAAUCGCCAGUUGAUCCUCCGGAGACUAGGAAUUUUGUGGGCAAAUCAGAAGGACUGUAUACACAACAACGACGAGCGGCGACGAGACCUGAUUCGCAGCUAAUGGAUUUUGAUUUAGCAUCUCAUCCACAAAAUACAGAAACAAAUACUCGACAAGAAACAGAAUUUUUACCACCUCGACCACAAACAGACUAUUUGCCAUCUCGACCACAAACAGACAUUUUACCUUAUCAACAAAAAACUGAUAUUUCACUUUCUCAAGAACAAGCAAAUUUCUUACUUUCUCAACAGCGAAAUUUUGUACCCCCCAAACAAGGACCACCACCCAAACCAGAGCCGCCCCCAGACGCGCUCACUGAUACUCUAAUAGCUAGUGGUCAGGCAGAUAUUGCAAACCAAGUAUUAAUAAUGCGACGGCUUCAGAACGCAUCCGUCUCGAUGUACGAACAGAGGUCAAGAUCAAUAGUUCGCAGACCCAAAAAACCCAUUAAUCCCAAAGACAUUUCUGGUCCGCAGCUGAUUGCAUCUUCAUCCAGCGUAAAAUCAAUUCCUAUCGUUCAUCUUGAUAGGGAUGAAGACUCUGAAAACGGUUCAUUCGCGCGGAAAGUAUCUUUGCGUGAGAAUGAAAAUACGUUUUCAAAGUCAAUUCGAAGGAUAAAAGAUGUAUUUGCUAAUGAUGGUGAGAACAAAAGUUUAAAGAAAAAGAAACGUAGUAACGACAUUUUGAGAUUACAGGUGUUUAAUGAUACCUUGUCACGCAAAUCUGUCUCUGAGGAAAACUUAAAUCGUCGAUAUGACACUGAUGGUGGCCUUUGGAGAAAUAAUAGCACUACCUCACUAAACAAGGAUUAUCAGGAUAGUGAUCGCAGCAUGUCUAUGAAAUCAGUGAGUGAAGACAAUGCUACUCUAGUGACGGGCGAAAACGAUAUUGUAUUCCCACGUCCACCGCCAAUGUACGACCUUGACGCAUUAAAAAGACACGCUGAAACAGUCACCAAAUAUUCUACAUCGAAGAAAUCAUCGCAAUCUGGUGAAUCGGGUAAUACGUCGACCAGAAGUUCCGCGUCGGCUGGUAGAGCAUCGCUUGGAAAAAAGGCUUCAAAAGAGUUGAGUAAAGAGACAAUCCAAGAAGCUGAAGACGAUAAUAGGGCGUCUCAAUCCAGCAAACUUACCGUAGACGUCGUCAGCUUCAGGAAGAAUGUUACGGACGAUGCACGGGAUAAUACUGAUUCAGACUCGAAUACAAGUUUUGCUCCUGUCAGUCCACUAUCACAAAAUUCAGUAGAUGUAUCGGGAUCAACUACUCCUCAACCGCUAUCUCCACUUGGUUCUCUUCGAUCACGAAGGAACUCAAAGAGCGGAUCCAUCAAGCGGGAUAAACCUACUACUGGAUCUCUUAGGCAAAACAGCAAAGAUAGUUCAACAGAAAGAUCUAAACGAGGCGCCAACAGGAAUUCAAAGACGUCAUCUAAACUGUUGUCCAUAUUUAGUAACUUUGGCAAUCGUAGUAACAAUGGGACAAAGAACUCUCUUCAGGUGACAACGAACUCUAAUUCCAUCCCCACAAUUAUACACCCCAAUGAACAAUCCGAUUCGAUGGUUGGCUCGCCGACGGAGGUUUCUAAACCACGAAACCCUGUGAUAAGGCGUACGAUCAUCAUUACAAAACCAGUCCUUCCUCCAUUGCCCGACGAGGCCAAAUCAGCAGAUAGUCCUGACGAUCACACGGAUUUGGACAAGAAACUUCACGUUGGAGGAAUACACAUUGACUCUGAAGGUCGAAAGUGGUACUUGACACGAGUAGAUGAAGACGCACAAUCGACGACGAGUGCACGUCAGAGUCAGAAUGACAAGUUUUUGGAUAUACCAGCAAAUGAGACAUUACGUAACCGGCCGCCUACGCCUGUGCCAUCACCCAAUACGCGAGAGUCCAUAUUGGAACCGCCGUACGGAAUACCGAUACCGCCUAUCCCUCCACUUAAUUCGGAUGCUUUGCUUUCGCAUCGGAGUAGCGUGUCGUCCAAGCGAGCUAGUAAACAAAGUGUUGCUUCUUCUUUGUCAUCCACCAGCCGGCUUAGAAAAUCUACUGGCGGAAAGAGCAUUGCUAGUGCAUAUGGCGAAAGUCUGUUUGAUUUCUAUGACUAUUCCGAUCAUGAAGGUGACGAUAACGAACAAGACAAUGACAGUGUUUACAGUAGACAAGAUAACGACACUGAGAAUGUUGAUUCUCCAAACGAUCACUUUUCGUACGACUAUAGUAGCCGCCCCCAUAGUGGAUUAGAAGAAAAUAACUUUAAACACUCGGUUCUAUUCGAUAGUGAUGCUCUCUUGGAAGAGUUGGAACAUCAACAACACGUAGAAGUGCUCGAAUUGGCUGACGGGUCUUAUGUUUGGCAAGUUGUUGAUGGAUCGCGCGCAAGCAACGCGGGAAAGUUUAGUCAAUGUUUCGAUGAAUAUUAUAGUAAGAAGAAUGGAGAAGAGAGUGAUAUGGAGGAUAGCAAUCGAUAUAGUCACUUGGACUAUUAUCAUAACUAUCCAUCACCGUUGCAUCUGCCUGGAGUUCAACAAUCUCAAAGCCGUGUUUCUUCAUAUCUACUACCGAAUUCUUCCCAGUCAUCUCACUCCAAACGCUCUUCCAUCACGUCAAGUGAUCAUCAAUUUGAUCAAUUACCACAGACAAGUGUAUAUAUAGCUAAAGACGUAUCACUCCCUCGUCUGAUUGAGGAGAUGUCAAAAGGUCUGAAUCGAUUCGAGCUGUCAUCGAAUGACCAUGAGAAUGGCAAUUAUAUAUAUGGGGGCGAAGUCUCAGCGGGAGGAACUGGAGUCGUUGGUGAAACAACUGUUGAAGAGAAGCUCGAUCAGGUUAUGAAGGUGUUGGGUGUUGAUGAGAAGGGGAUUUAUGUUCCUAACUAA